UUAAAUUUUCUUUUGUUUUCCUCAUUGCAGGCUCCCCUCGCGCUGUACUGCUUUGCCAACAGUCAAAUCAGCACUGCCCUCAAACUGCUGUACCGCGCCCGGUAUCUGGCCACGAUCGUGUGCGGCGACAACCACCCGGACAUUGCCCUGCUGGACAGCAACAUCAGCUUGAUUCUGCACGCCGUCGGCGAGUACGAACUGUCGCUGCGCUUCCUCGAGCACGCCCUCGCUCUGAACAUCAAGUACUACGGUGAAAAGUCCCUGAAGGUGGCCGUCAGCUACCACUUGGUGGCGCGGACACAGAGCUGCAUGGGUGACUUUCGGUCGGCUCUGAACAACGAGAAGGAAACGUACGCCAUCUACAAGCAGCAGUUGGGUGAGGCCCACGAAAAGACCCAGGAAUCGUCCGAGUGUCUGCGCCACCUGACCCAGCAAGCGGUCGUCCUGCAGAAGAAGAUGAACGACAUCUACUCGAACGGCAAGCUGACGACGGGUCUGCCGCCGAUUCACAUCCAGCCACCGUCGAUGGGCUCGGUGCUGGACAUGCUGAACGCAAUCAACGGUAUUAUCUUCGUACAAAUUAGUUCCAAAGAGAUUGCCAACCUGAAGAACGAGAUCGAGAAGCGCCAAAAGGAGGGCGGUGCCGCGGGAGAAUUCAGCGUGGCGCAGGCCAACCAGGUAGAGGUGGACCGCCUGCUGACGGAGACGAUGGCCAAAACGGCGGCCGGUAUCCCGUUCGAGGAGCAGGACAAGUACGAGCUUCCCUUGCCGGCGGCGACGACCGGGGAUGAGGCCAGCAGCAGUAGUAAAGCCAACCCGGUGGCCACGUCCAUCUGAAAAUCUGGCCGCUAUUUAACUCAUCAUCCCACGCGGCACUGAAAAGAACACACACACAAAAGCACACUUUUCUACUGAAAACACACAACUUACUUAUACAAUAAUCAUCGAGAAGGAAGGAAGGAAGGAAGAAGUUAGUUCUUUAGUUGAGUUGAGAGAACAUGUAGGUUGCGUUUGUUUUUUCCCUAGUUGGUACGCUCCAGAGGUUAGUUUUAGGAGCGGAUUUAGAAGUUGAACUUUAGGUUUGUUAAACGUGAGUAGAAGAUGAAGGAGAAAACUUUGUUCAAUAAGUCUCGCGCGAUCCGUUCUUCUCUUUCCAACUCGUUAUUAUUUCCUAUUUUUUUACUUUUAAUUUUAGAGAGCUAGACGCUUUUUUCCGUAGAGUUUUAGAAUGUUAUGCAGCUUAAACGACGCACAUAAAGAAACGAUUUCCGUUUUGCCACCACAUUUUGUAUUCUUUCGCGAUUCUCUUUGUUACAAAAGUAAACUAAUUAAAAGAAAACAUGUUACAUGAAAAAUGGUCAAACCAAACUAAAAGACACCGUGCAAUAAAACACACACACAUAAACAUGCUUGCAAUAAAGAAAAGGAGAAAAAUUGAAAAUAUAUCACCAAAAACUCAUUCAAAAUGCGCUCUAGUCAGCGAUGUUCAUCAACUAAAAAGCAUGAAAAAAAACAAAUCCAUAAUUAUACCCAAGAAGGAAAAAAAUAAGCAAAUUAUGCAAACAAAACCCCAAUUUAAAAAAACACAACUCUCCUCUUAGGUAGUCGGUAGGAUUCCGAAAGAGAAAAGAAGAAAAAAAACGGAACAAGAUUUUAGUUUCUAGUUAGUGGUGCCGAAGAAGGCGCAAAACUGACUGUGGAAGUGUGAAUCAUACACAAGCAAGCAAGCAAACAACAAUACCAAGUAGAGAAACCCAUGUAGACUUUCGAAUUGUGAGGAAAUACAUUAAAUUCGCGAA